CAGGCUAACAGUGCAGAACAUCAGUUACUGUGCAAGAUGAGAGGUUUACUGUUACUGCUUAGCGCUCUGUUACUGCUGGAGUCAACGGACGGAAACAAAGAAUAUCAUCAACUAAGCCAACAUGAUGCAAACAUUAGUGACAAGGCAAUACAACUAGCCAAUAAGAAAUAUGGAGCCAAACACCUUGAUUUUGCCUUCAUUUUAGAAGCUAAUUAUGAGAAGCGCAUGUUUCAUGUGAUAUUAAAAUCCACCUCAUGUGACAAGACGACACCGAGUGUCCAUCGGAAAGACUGUAAAAUCCAAGAUAUGGCAAGACCUCAAGUUUCUUGUGUUGACUGUCGUGGAAACAUGACCUGUUCACUUCUUAAAGAAAAAGAGAAGAUUAAAACAACUAUAUCCAAAUGUUUAAAUCCCCCAUCAGGGGGUACUCAUCAGAUUGGGGGAGCACAUACAUUGUUUGCAAAAACAGAAGAGGAACAAACUGGAUGUCUGGGAUGCAUCUGAGAAAUACAAACGAUCAAAGAUCUUUGCAACUUGCCAUAUGAAUUAAACAAAAAAACUA